GGCACGUGACGAAGCGGCUUUCCCCGAUAUGCGUGGGCAUCGAGGGUCGGCCUGGAAUGUAGGUCAGAAGUAGUCGUGAAUUAAAAUGGGAAAUCCUGAACGAUCGCAUCAGAAUUGACGAAAUCAACAAGUACAGACCGAAAGUAUACACUAUGGCGCAAGAAUUAAAGUUACAUAGCCCUGUCGGGUCGGAACCAGUUGUCUACACGUGGCCGAUACCUUCGUCGGAUGAUAAAGAUGGGGCCCAAGAAAUUAUUGAUACCAUUAAAUUGGUGAGUGCAGAGAUACCAGAGUUGGAACAAGCUUUGAAUAGAAACAUUCUGAAAAACUAUGACACAACCAGUUAUGAAAGUAUGAAAAGUUUAUGUGAGAAGUACAACAGAGCAAUAGACAGUGUCUUACAAUUGUGGAAAGGGACGUCCAAACCAAACAGUUUAAUCAACACGAAGGCAUCAACUCCAUUGUUAAAACAUAUACUCCAGCAAUGCUAUGAUCAUGCUGUCCAGGAUCCAGACAAACUUAACCAGUAUGAACCAUUUUCUCCUGAGGUUUAUGGGGAGACAUCAUUUGAUCUUGUAGAUCAGAUGGUGAAGUCUAUUAACUUUACAGAAGAUGACUACUUUAUUGAUCUCGGAAGUGGUGUGGGUCAGGUUGUCCUCCAGGUGGCAGCUGCUACACCAUGUAAAUUAUGUUAUGGUAUCGAGAAAGCUGAGUGGCCUGCAGCAUAUGCUGAUGGUAUGAUAGAACAAUAUAAACGUUGGAUGAAAUGGUAUGGCAAGAAGUACUGCAAAUUUUUGUUAGAAAAAGGAGAUUUUCUGUCGGAAGAUACUAAAGAUAGAAUUAAUAGUGCUACUGUGAUAUUUGUGAACAACUUUGCUUUUGGGCCCCAAGUUGAUCACCAGCUAAAACUCAGGUUUGCAAACAUGAAGGAAGGUGCAAAGAUUGUGUCAUCAAAAGCAUUCUGUCCUCUCAACUUCAGAAUCACAGAUCGUAAUCUAAGUGAUAUUGGAGCUAUAAUGCAGGUUACGGAGUUGUCACCCCUGAGAGGCGCGGUAUCCUGGACGUGUAAUCCUGUUACAUAUUUUCUUCAUGUAGUUGAUAGGACGAUGCUAGAGAAAUACUUUCAAAGAAUAAGAAAUCCCUCUAAAAAGAUUGAAGAAGAACCAACUAAACCAUUGAGGAAAGAUAGGAGAGGCAGACUUGUUCCUUCAUUAACAUCAUCACUCAAAAAUAACUCUCAGGAACAAAAAACUGGCGACAAGAAAUCAGACAGCUCAUAUAAGGCAGCUAAACUUCUAGACUUUGACUCGACAAGCAACGCGAGUUCUGAAAUGACGGGUAAUGAGGAGUAUCAGGUAUAUGGCCCUACGACACGGCACAAGUGGUCCCAGUGGAUCUCUAGACCUCCACCCGUUCAGUCUGCAUCUUCUGUAUCCGACACAGAAAAUGUGAGUGAGGCUAACGAGGAGAUGUUGUCGGAGGAAGAGGAAGAAAGAGAAGUUAGACGGACGAGACAGAAAUCUAUAAAACCAUUAGCUGGAAGGAAAGCUCAUUUAGUAGCCAAACAAAAGAUACAGGCUGCUAUAACUGACAUAAGUAAUGGACCAUUAAAAGAAAAUAAUGAAAAGAAAAUGGUACAUAGAAGAAAGCAGCGUAAAGUGUUGUCUGCACUAAAGGCUCGAGCUUUAGCUAAAAACAAGAGUAAAGAGAAGGUGCUAGCCUUAGAUAGUUUAAACCUGUUACAUAGUCAUACCUUACUGUCUACAUCCACUGCAGCUGAUGAUAAAAUGAAGAAGAGUUACAAUGAACCAAGCAUGACAGCUAUGUCUAACUCGUACUUUAAACCAUCGGUCCAGGCUCAAUCUGUGUCCGCAUUAGAAAUGGCACCAGUUGUGCAACAGCUCAUGGAUGUAUUUAGACAAGAAUACAUGCAGUUCUUGGUGUAUAUGCAGACACCAGAAUAUAAGGAAUCUGUAACAGAACAGAUUGAGAAAGAAAAGUUACGCAAGCUUGAUUUGAACUCAGAAGUUAUCCGGUUAGAGAAACAGAUAGAACAUUUACAAAAAGACAGUACGAAACAGUUAAAGACAAGAUUGAAAGAGCUACAGAUAGACGCAUGUACUCCGUCAGAGUUUAUAGAACAAGCUAGAGGUAUACUUACUCAACAGAAUGAGCUGGAAACCAUGGGUCAAAGUCUACAGUUACAGAUUGCACAACUAGAAACAGAAAAUCAAGCUCUGCUUGCGGCUCAAAAUCAAGCUGUGGUGGAUCACAGUGUAACUUCAGGGAAGUCUAAUGGCAAAAAGAAUGGCCUAGUGCAGCUGUCACAUGCUCAGGGUUAUUUAGCUAAUCAGUUUUCUGAAUCGCUCUGUAGGAAAAAACAGCUUCUUACCCAAGCACAGGAGCUUGAAACUCAGGUCAAACAGCUACAAAGUAGCAUAGAAGUUAGUGAAAAUAUAGUAAAUCAAUUGCCUCAGGGACCUGCUAAAAGGACAGAUAGGAAAAGGAAAAUUGAGUCAGAGUUAGAGAAUUUACAUCCAAACAUGGCAACAAUUCUGCCGUCUGCUUCAUCCUCACCUCUGACUGUGGGCAAAUCCAAUAGAAAAACAAAGGAAAGGAAAAGCAGGAGUUCUAAUCGUGGGAAAGUUAACAUAUCAUCAAAAGUACUGCCAGAUUUAGACUCUUCCAGUGUAGCUAAUUCUAAUUUAUCAAUACGAAGACUUCUAGAAAAUACUCGAACUGACCAAUCAGGAAAAAGUGCUGCUGAUACAAUACCCAAGUUGAAUGGUUUUAUAGAGCCUAGCCAAACAGAAAAUGAUCUCAAUAAAUUAAGACCUAGUUUACCUAUCAGCAUUCCACUUGAUUGUCUUCCAGAUAAUAAUGUGAAAAAGGCUAUGGAAAAUGUUAUUAUAGCAGGUUUAGAAAAUAGCCCAUAUAGUGUAAUUGAAAAUGGGGAUAUUGUAAGCAACCUUAAUAGUAUGAGCAAAACCAGUGCUAAUGAAGUUCCAUUAAGUUUGAAGAGUGAUUUAAUCCAGUCAAGUAAGUCAUCUGCAUGGACGUCUGCUAAUUUUGUGUCCAAUUCUCAAACUGGAAAUACAGUUUCAUCUCCUAAAACCAAUUUUGCAAUUGAUAAAAUGGUUAUUCCUAAAAAAAGAGGGCACAUUUUAAAUGGAACAAACAUCAAUGCAAAUGAACUACUAAAACAAACUCUAGUUCAUAGAAUUGAGAACACUAAAAAUCUGAAAAGAAAAGGUCAACAGGAAAUGGACUCUGUAUCUAAAAGACUAAUGAUAAAAAGUGAGCUACUUGGCAUACAGCAGGUAGGGCAGGUUCAAGGUCAUGUGAUCAAUCAAACUUCUGGAUCUCCGGAAUCACGGACAUCAACAGCUAUGUUGAUAUCUACAGCCAAUCAGCCCAUAGCUAUCAGUGCUAUACCAUCACCUGAUCUCCAUGGCAAAAAUCUUAUUUUACAGUCAAAUG